GCGGCAGGCGCCGCGUUUGCGCUGCUCUGGCCGGAUGGCGGCUCCGCUGCUCCACACGAGCUUGCCGGGUGAUGUGGCGGCUGCGGCCUCUGCCACGCUGGGCACGUCGCGGACUGGGCUUUCGGAUAUGCUUGCAUUAGACAGUGAUUUCUUCAAUUCACCCCCAAGAAAAACUGUUCGGUUUGGUGGAACUGUGACAGAAGUCUUACUGAAAUACAAAAAGGGUGAAACAAAUGACUUAGAGUUGUUGAAGAACCAGCUCUCAGACCCUGAUAUAAAGGAUGACCAGAUCAUUAACUGGCUGCUGGAAUUUCGCUCCUCUGUUAUGUACUUGACAAAAGACUUUGAGCAACUUAUAAACAUCAUAUUGAGAUUGCCUUGGUUGAAGAGAAGUCAGACAGUGGUGGAGGAGUAUUUGGCUUUUCUUGGUAAUCUUGUGUCAGCACAAACUGUCUUCCUUAGACCAUGUCUCAGCAUGAUUGCUUCUCAUUUUGUACCUCCCCGAGUGAUCAUUAAGGAAGGUGGCGUAGAUGUUUCAGAUUCUGAUGAUGAGGAUGACAAUCUUCCUGCAAAUUUUGACACAUGUCAUAGAGCCUUGCAAAUAAUAACAAGAUAUGUCCCAUCGACACCGUGGUUUCUAAUGCCAAUACUGGUAGACAAAUUUCCAUUUGUGAGAAAAUCAGAGAGAACAUUGGAAUGUUAUGUUCAUAAUUUACUAAGGAUAAGUGUGUAUUUUCCAACUUUGAGGCGUGAAAUCCUGGAACUUGUUAUUGAAAAAUUACUCAAGUUAGACGUGAGUGUAUCCCGGCAGGAUAUUGAAGAUGCUGAAGAGGCAGCAGCUCAGUCUUGUGGUGGGACAGAUUCCACAGAAGGAUUGUUUAAUAUGGAUGAAGAUGAGGACACUGAACCUGGAAAGAAAGCUGACCUACAUCGGCCUAGCCAGAUGGCUCAUCCUAUCGCCGAGCGCCUGGACAUCCUGCUGUCCUUGCUUCUGUCCUACAUUGAGGAUGUCUGCCAUGUGGAUGGUAAGAUUGAUAACAAUAAAACAAAGGAUUUAUACCGUGAUCUGAUAUCCAUCUUUGACAAACUCCUGUUGCCCACACAUGCCUCCUGCCAUGUACAGUUCUUCAUGUUUUUCCUUUGCAGCUUUAAAUUGGGAUUUGCAGAAGCAUUUUUGGAACAUCUCUGGAAAAAGUUGCAGGAUCCAAAUAACCCCGCCAUCAUCAGGCAAGCUGCUGCGAAUUACAUUGGGAGCUUUUUGGCAAGAGCUAAAUUCAUUCCUCUUAUCACUGUAAAGUCAUGCCUGGAUCUUUUGGUUAACUGGCUGCACAUGUAUCUUAAUAACCAGGAUUCAGGAACAAAGGCUUUUUGUGAUGUUGCACUCCAUGGACCAUUUUAUUCAGCCUGCCAAGCUGUAUUCUACACUUUCGUUUUUAGACACAAGCAGCUUUUGAGUGGAAACUUGAAGGAAGGUUUACGGUAUCUUCAGAGUCUAAACUUUGAGCGUGUCGUGCUGAGCCAGCUGAACCCUCUGAAGAUAUGCCUACCAUCGGUGGUUAAUUUUUUUGCUGCUAUCACAAAUAAAUACCAGCUUGUGUUCUGCUACACCAUCAUGGAGAGGAACAAUCGCCAGAUGCUCCCUGUUAUUAGAAGUACAGCUGGUGGAGAUUCUGUGCAGACCUGUACCAACCCACUGGACACCUUUUUUCCCUUUGACCCUUGUGUGCUUAAGAGGUCAAAGAAGUUUAUUGAUCCUAUUUAUCAGAUUUGGGAAGACAUGAGUGCUGAAGAGCUACAAGAAUUUAAGAAACCCACUACAAAGGAGCUAGUGGAGGACGAAGAUGACGACUUUCUGAAAGGUGAAGUGCCCCAGAGCGAUGUGGUGAUCGGCCUUACCCCGAGCUCCUUGGACGCCCACUUCCGAAGUCCUUCCAGCAGUGUGGGCUCCCCACCUGUGCUGUACAUGCCAGGCCAGCCCCACUCACCUCCAGGACCUGUGAUUGAGCUGUGAUUGCUCUUCCAGGGCCCUGAGCCCCACCACUGGACCCACACUGGACUAGUCUCUGCCUCAUAUGUCCAGCUUCCAUGCUGGUCGGACUUGGGCCAGUAUCUGAAGGGACCCAGGUUGUGUGUGUUUGCAGUUUGCUCCCUAUGGACAGAGGGAAGAACAAGUGUCGA